GGAGCCUGUCCAAGAUGAUGAACGGUAACGGUUGCGGGGAAGCGGUGACCAGCUCGCUCACCUGGAGUGUGGGUCUGCUCAACGGGGCCCACAAGUAUCUCACUGCGGAGACAUUUGGCUUCAAGGUGAACGCCAACGGAGCCGCCCUGAAGAAGAAGCAACUCUGGUCACUGGAGCCGUGCUGCGACGCUGGCGAGGAGGCCGUGCGCCUCCGCUCCCACCUGAAUCGCUACCUGGCCGUCGACCAGUUCGGCAAUGUCACCUGCGACGCCGAGGAGCCCGGGCCGGGCGCCAUCUUCCAGAUCACCGUCUCCGCAGACGCUAAGGGCCAGUGGGCACUGCGAAACACCAACCGCGGCUACUUUCUGGGUGCCUCGGCAGACCAGCUGGUCUGCGUCGCCAAGGCACCAGGACCCUCUGAGCUCUGGACGGUCCACCUUGCCGCAAGGCCACAGGUGACCAUCCGGUCCAUCGGGCGUCGCCGUUAUGCCCACCUCUCGGGGACCGGGGACGAGAUUCAAGUGGAUGCUGCGACUCCGUGGGGUGAGGACACCCUGUUCACACUUGAGUUCAGGGACGGCAAAUACGCGCUGCACACGGCCAACGACCGCUACCUCUGUCCCGACGGGAAGCUCAUAGAGAACUGUGCACCCGAGUGCCUCUUCAGCCUGGAAUUCCACUCCGGGUACCUGGCACUACGUGACGUGAACCUCCGUUACCUCUCACCCAUCGGCUCUAAGGCAGUGAUGCGCACACGAUCCAACUCCGUGACACGUGACGAGCUGUUCUCUCUUGAAGACUCUGUGCCGCAGGCGGCCUUUGUAGGGUUCAACGGAAAGUACGUCUCUGUCAAGCAAGGUGUUGAUGUCACUGCCAACCAGGAUGAAGUGUCGGACCACGAGACGUUCCAGCUAGAGUGGGACAAGGAAACUGGCCGCUGGUUUGUCCGCACUAUGCAGGACAAGUACUGGUCGCUCGAGAGCUCGUCUGGCAUUCAGGCCAAUGCCGACAAAGGCUCUGCCAACAGCCUUUUUGAGCUUUGCUGGCAGCCUGACGGCAGUGUCACCCUGGUUGCCAGCAAUGGCAAGUUGGUUGGUGCCAAGAAGAGCGGCCACUUGUUCGCCAACUGUGAGCCUGGCGACCCCGCUGCGAAGUUUCACUUUGCACUGGUCAACCGCCCCGUGCUUGUCCUGAGGUGCGACCAGGGCUUCGUUGGCCGCAAGGGACCCUCUUCGCCGAGACUGGAGUGCAACAGAGCCAGCUACGAGAUCGUUCAUGUGGAGCGUGCUGACCGUGGUGUUUGUCACCUCAAAGGUAACAAUGGCAAGUACUGGGGCAUCGCUGAGGAUGGCUCCAUUUCAGUAGAUUCGGACGACACCUGCGGCUUCUACGUUGAGCUGCGCGAACCUUCACGCCUUUGCUUGAAGACUGCCGACGGUUCUUAUCUCAAUGCUGACAAGAACGGCGCUUUCAAGGCUGGCGCUGCCGACCCAAGCCAAGCAACACUUUGGGAGUACUGAGCUGCCUAGACCGUCUGGCUACGGAAAUCAAUCGGGCAUGGCUCGACUCGGAUCAACACAGCAGCAUGUCUCGCUCCAUAAUUUGCUUUGAUGUUCCUUAGGACGUUAUUUCCUAGGCUGAAACCAUCCCUUCAAAUUUUUUCGUGCACCCGUUAGAGAUAAGUUAAUUUUUCACUGAUGUGUAACUGAACUCGGACAUUCCUUGCUUUAUAUAAGCUUUGAUGGCAUUAAUAGCAAAAGAUCUGUACGCUGAUGAUUCUCAUCUGCUAUUCCUGCAAUGUUUAGUUAUGGUCAGGGCUUCAUUUUCUGUCACACUUGUGAACAACCUUUUGGAAGUUACACAAGGCAUAAAUGUUUCCCAGGACGCAGCCGAUGCUGGGAUUCCAGUGAUGCACUCACUGUGCCAGCGAACUCUUGUGGCUUGUUUAACACGGUUCUCCGGAAAUUGUAGUGUUGGCAAUCAUACUUGGCUUUGCUAUGUUAGAUCUGUGUGUGCAUGUAUCCGUCGUGUGCAAGUACUUUGGUCCUGUGUACACCCGUCGUAAUACAAGUUGCGUCACUCGGAGUAGCCUAAAUAUUAAAAUGCUCAAGGAAGGCAAGCAUGCGACAGGUAGAGUCUGUCAUUGAUCAUUACGCACAAUGGACCCUCAUCCCUCACUCUGGUGGUUUGUGGCACACCAGGGUUUGUAUAACCCACACACUUAUCUCCUUGUUUGUGGAUGUGGUUCUUCACUAUUUGAUACUGAUAAGCCAAACUGACAUUCCUUCCAUAACUGUGUAAAACCGCAAUGUAGCUGGUUACACCUCUCGAUGCCUUCCAUUGUCGAAGGUGCAUCACUAUUUUACUGCCUAUUGAAUAGGAAAGUCUUGACAGGUGCAGUGUUUUUUAUUUAGUCAUUGACAUAUUUUGAAACGAGAUAUUCGAAAGUAUUACCAACGCAGAUGGCUCUUUUUGCCGGCAGUGCAGGAUGUACACUUUCUUUUUUCCAUUCUGAGUGUGUGACCAAUUUUUGUAUGUUUAUACACCAACUUUAUUAAAAACAGUUUUUGAGUCAACA